AUGUGCACAUGGAACUACGUCAAGUCGAAGGAAAAUCCAGCCGAUCUAAUAUCCAGAGGCCAAACCCCACUCAUCUUGAGCAGCAAUGAGCUCUGGUGGAAGGGUCCAUCAUUUCUAAGUAAAGCAAAGUACCAGCCAGAACUUCCGGAUGACAUUCCUGAUGAGGAACUUCCGGAAAUGAGAAAAGCUGAUAUGAUCGUCAUCCCAGCCAUCAAAGCAGAAACGUUAACUGUGUUUUCCAAGUUCAGCUCCUUUAGAAAGCUUCAGCGAGUAAUUGCAUUAGUCAUGCGAUUCAUCAGUAACUGUCGACAAAAAUCUAGCAACAAUCGAAUUCUGGAACAACAUUCUACAAUUCAAGAACUCCGAUUAGCUCUCCAUGUUAUUAUCAAGGUAAUUCAGCAUGAAGUUUUGGGUGAUGAAAUACAUCGUGUAAUAUCAAAUGAACCGUGUAAGAAGAUCGCCGCUUUAAGCCCAAUCUACGAAGAUGGAGUGUUGCGCGUAGGAGGAAGACUUCAAAACUCAUGGCUAUCCUUUGAUUCAAAACAUCCUUAUCUACUUCCCAAACAUUUCAUAACCGAUCAAAUCAUUCGGACAUACCACGAAGAAAAUCUGCACGUCGGUCCGACAGCUCUGUUAGCACUACUUCGUUCUCGUUACUGGUUGCUGGACGGGAGGUCGUCAAUAAGAAAAGUUACCAGAAGCUGCAUUACUUGCUUUCGAGCGAAACCUAAAGGAUCCAGCCAGAUGAUGGGAGUUCUUCCAUCUUGCCGAGUGACACCUGCUGAACCAUUUUUGAGGACUGACAUUGAUUAUGAUGGACCAGUGAUUGUACGAGAAGGACGACACAAACCGAAGCUAGUCAAAGCGUAUAUUGCAGUAUUUGUCUGCAUGUCAACCAAAGCAGUUCAUUUGGAAUUAGUUUCGGAUAUUUCGACCGCUGCUUUCCUAGCCGCUCUACAGCGCUUCGUGAGUAGAAGGGGCCUUUGUCAGCAGAUAUACUCUGACAACGGUUCCAACUUCAAGGGGGCAAAAUCAGAACUACACGAGCUUUAUCUUCUAUUUCAAAACCGCAAGGCAAUUGAUGAAAUAGUAGCUUUCUGCCAACCAAAAGAGAUCUCCUGGAAUUUCAUCCCGCCCGAAGCUCCAAAUUUCGGGGGCCUGUGGGAAAGCGCCGUGAAAUCAGCUAAGUAUCACCUGAAGAGGACAUUGAAGACCGCUCAUCUUUCUUUUGAGGAAUACGCUACCGUGCUCAGCCAAGUGGAAGCAGUAAUGAACUCUCGACCUUUAUGCUUAACAUCGGAUCCGGAAGCGGCAAUUCUAACGCCUGCCCAUUUUUUGAUUGGUCGUCCUUUGACCACUACUCCCGAACCAUGCUACAACGAACUACCAAUGAAUCGCUUUUCAAGGUGGCAAUAUCUUCAGCAAAUCCGCGAUCAAUUCUGGAAAAAGUGGAGCCGGGAUUACUUGCAGAAUCUGCAACCGAGAGGUAAAAAUUGUCAAGCACAGCAAAACGUACGUCCUGGUAUGAUUGUGUUGAUCGAACAAAAAGACAUUCCACCGCAGUGUUGGAAGAUAGGUAAAAUCGUCCAGGUCUAUCCAGGUCACGACAAGUUGGUACGAGUAGCAGAUGUAAGCAUUGGAAACUCUAUCUACAGGCGAGCCAUAUCAAAAUUGUCCAUCCUGCCAAUUGAAGAUAACAAUGUUGACAUCUAA